GCAGGGAGAGAGAAAGAGAGUGAGUGUCUGUGCCUGGCGACUGGGACGGUGGAUGCUUGCAGUGAUCUGGCAGGAUUGGGGUGCAGAACGCACACUAGACAAAGAAGCAUUAGGGUCCUGAGGCAUGGGGCUCACCACGGGGCCAAACGGAGCUCGUGCUGCCCCUCAGAAAAGCUUGCGUCGAGUGUGGCAGCGGGGUGGUCGUGGGUCAAAGGUGAGGCAUCGGGGCGGCACAAUGGAGGGUGAGCAGAGCACUCCUGCCUCCAGUGCCAGCAGCACUAUGGGCACCAGUACCUCCACCACAAACUCCACGGGCACCACCAGUGCCUCCACUGCCAGCACUGUCAGCUCCACCAGCAGCGGAAGACAGGCCGUUCCACAGAUAUCUGUCUACAGCGGCAUACCUGACCGACAAACUGUACAGGUGAUCCAGCAGGCUCUAAACAGGCAGCCCAGCACAGCGGCGCAGUACCUACAGCAGAUGUACGCAGCUCAACAGCAGCAUCUGAUGCUGCAAACAGCAGCCCUGCAGCAGCAGCACCUCAGCACAGCACAGCUCCAGAGCCUCGCAGCAGUGCAGCAGGCCAGUUUAGCAGCCGGCAGGCAGAGUUCAAACCAAAAUGGGACCUCAUCUACCCAGAGUGGACCAUCACAGACCACAAUUAAUUUAACCACAUCCCCUGCCGCUGCUCAGCUGAUCAGUCGUGCCCAGAGCGUAAACUCCGCCCCCUCUGGGAUCUCCCAGCAAGCAGUGUUGCUAGGCAACACCUCGAGCUCCACCCUGACAGCCAGCCAAGCUCAAAUGUACCUGCGGGCACAGAUGGCUCAACAGAGUAAUCUUGUGCAUGUAGCCAGGAGUCUGGGCCGAGCCGUCCCUCUGUCCUCUCAGCUGAUCCUGGCUCCAACUGCUACAGUAACUGCUCUACAAUCUGACACUAAUGCAACCAAUAACACACAGUCUGCCUCUGCACAGGUGCAGAACCUUGCCCUGCGCAACCAUCAGGGGGCGUCUUCCACCUCUCAGUCCUCAGGCCUCCAUGCACUGAGUUUAAAGCAGACCCCCAUCUCCAUUCAGCCCACCCCGCUCAUCAAGACACCCAGCCAGAGUGCUUCCAGCUCAGGCACUGGUGCCGGGAAAGGCAACUUGAACACUGCUUCCUCUGGUGGAGCGAAGAAGGAAGAGGAGGGACAAACAGAGAUGAAAGCAGUUAACAUGAGUCGUAAUGUCACCUCUUCACAUCCCUCAAUCGCACCAGCUUAUGCCCAAAUCCAGCCGCAGGCCCUGAUUAAGCAGCAACCGCAACAGUUCGUCAUUCAACCCCAAGCCCCAGCCACCUCUAGAGCCCAGCCUCAGUUACUGCAGACCGCCUCCGUCCAGCCCCACCAACAGUGCUCCGCCCAGACCUCAUCUGUAACAGGGAUCAUUCCGGUUUUGCCCAGACCAGUACUUCACAACCAGGGAUCCGCUCAAUGUCAACACGCCACCAUCUUCCAUUCGACUAUAAGCCACCAUGCAGUUAGCCAGCACGGCUCACACAUUGGCCUGGCCCAUGCUAAAGCUCAACCGGUCCAACUGACAGCCAUCAAUCUCCAAAUCCAACCUGCACAAAGCCAGGCUUCAAGACUGGCUCAGGAUGACAAGGAGAAGCCCACUUCUUUGGUGGUAAGAGAGAUCUGCCCACCAGUACAAAUGCAACCAUCCACUACGACCCAAGGCACCGACCUCCUGGAACAACCCAAAGCUGACACUGUUAACGCUACAUCUCAAACACAAGGCUCUGUGGAGACGGCCCGGGACCCCACGGGAUCACCGGUGACAUCAACCAUGACCUCGGCAGCCUCAAACGAGCCCCCUCCGGCAGCUGUGACAGGAAGUGUGGUACAAAACGGCGAGAACAAGCCACCUCAAGCCAUAGUGAAGCCACACGUCCUCACGCAUGUCAUAGAGGGAUUUGUUAUCCAGGAGGGAGCUGAACCAUUCCCUGUGGAGAGACCUCCGGUGCAGGCCGACAGCCCCAAGAAACCAGACACACAGCUUCCCUCAGAUCCAGAGAAAACAGCCAGCAGCAAUUCCCUCAGUGCCACCAACUCAGACAUUGAGGAGGCUGGACAACAAGACACAAGAAUUCAGGAGGAAUCAGAGGAGCCCAAGCUCACAUGUGAGCUCUGUGGAUGGGUUGAUUUUGCCUACAAGUUCAAACGUUCAAAACGCUUCUGUUCCAUGGUCUGUGCUAAAAGGUACAGUGUUAGUUGCACGAAGAGGGUUGGUCUGUUCCACCCCGACAGAACUAAAACAACCAAUCAGAUAAAUCAGUGGAGAAGGAGAAGGUCUCAUGGUCCCAGAGGCAGGGAGGCAAAAAAGCAGCGGCUCUCUGUAUCUCAGCAAUCUCAGGGAGAAUCUAUAUCCUCACCCCUCCAAUCUCAGCCCAGUCAAGGAGAGUCCAGCCCCUGUUCGGAUAUCUCCAGUUAUGAGGAAGCAGCUUCCCCGCUCUCUGCAGCCAGUUCUGGCCCAAUCGUUUCGCAGGGUGGGGUCUCUGGUAAUGAUCCAGAAGAGCUUCCUCUCCUCAGUCAGCACUUCCUACCAUGCGACCCCACCAAAUGGAAUGUGCAAGAGGUGUUUGAGUUCAUCCGCUCUUUGCCAGGUUGCCGGGAGAUUGCGGAUGAGUUUCGUUCUCAGGAGAUUGAUGGACAGGCCAUGCUGCUACUGAAAGAAGACCACCUAAUGAGUGCCAUGAAUAUUAAAUUAGGACCCGCCCUCAAGAUCUUCGCUCGCAUAAACAUGCUGAAAGAUUCCUAGCCUUAAAAAGGCAGUAAGUGUAUGAGUAUGUGUCAUCAGAUGUCACUUAAACUUGACCUAGUGACUACAGCACCCCAAACUGCACUACAACAUUUUUUUAAACAAAUAAUUAAUAACUAAAAACUUUAUUUACAAAAAUUGGGCGAAGCCCAAACCUGCACCUCCUCAAGAGAAGAACUGAAGUAAAUUCAGCUGGAACAGAAAAUGACCCGACUACCUAUGAAGAUCCGCACAAAUAGUGACUUAUACCAAAUGAAAGGCAUUAUGAAUCAGUGAUUUGGAAUUCAAUUCUGACUGGGACUCGCAGAUCACUCGGCUUAACUAGUUGUGCCGGUGAUCAGAAAAAAAUCUUUGGAUAAUGUACGUAUAACAACACUGCAGUCCAAACAGAACUAAACCUAUCGUGUGGUUUCACAAUCCCACAUUUUGGCCCAGAUAUCUCUGGAAUGUACAUUUGUUGUUUUCAGGUAUGAUUUUGUCUUAUUGUACAUGCCAGAUGCUUUUGUACAGUAUAAAUAUGUUUAAGUAAAUUAUUCUUACCUUUGUGUGUGAGUAUUUGUAACAGAGUUGAAUCACAACAAACUGGUGCUAUUUCACUUUCACCUUUACUUUGAGAAGACUUGAAUAACAGAAGCACAGUAACAGAAUAUUCAACGUUGAACCUAAAAACCGAUACAACCUAAAGGAAGGGAUCCAGUUUGAACAAAUCCUGUUAACAGCGCCUUAUUCAAUGUGUGUCUGUACACUCUGGUUUUGAGAUGCACAUUAAAUUGUAUUUGUCUUGGAUAUUGGGAAUGACACUAUGUUUGGUUUUAACUGUGCCCAAAUUUGUUAUUGUAUGUUGCUAGAAAUGAUUGUGAUGAUGGGUUGUGUUUUUUUUUUAGUACAAUGCUUUGUGAAAUGCCUGUAUUUAUCAGAUGAAUGAAAUUUGUAAUAUAACAUUUUUAA